GUUAUCUACCUUACCAUUCUUUUCUUUGUCGUCGGCGUCAUUGGAAUGAUGGGAAACUUACUUGUAAUCUUUGCGGUUGUAUGCAGCCGGAAAAUGCGCAACUCCAUGACCAACCUUCUGAUAACCAACCUUGCGUGUGCGGAUCUACUCAUCAUGGCGCUAGGGGUGCCGGAAAUUGUUCAAUUCAUGAUGAACCGUGGUUGGACCUUUAGCGCUCUCACUUGUCGCCUCAACCGCUUUGUGUUGGUUUCAUGUCUAUAUGGCUCCGUUUUAACACUGAUUUCGCUCUGCGUCGAAAGGUAUAUAGCGAUCAUCCAUCCAAUCAAAGCUCACAUCCUGUGUAACCGGCGAAGGAUUGUCGUGGUCCUUGGCUGUAUCUGGCCGUUCGCGUUCCUGGCCGGCCUUCCUACUCUUCUCUUCAACACUGUGCUGUCAGGCCACCCACACACGCCACACGAACGUUUGCGAUACUGUGUGAUCAUGUUCCCAGUUCACCCAAACCUCUAUUAUAUGGUCUACAAGUUUGUAGAAUCGCUGUUGUUUUAUUUUCUCCCGCUUACAGUUCAGUUGACAAUGUAUGCCUUCGUCAGCAGGCAUUUGUUCGUUGGAACCGACCGCCUACAUAGAACAUACACCGUGAGAGAUCGCAACGGAACAUCAAUGGAGCGUUAUUCAGAAGCCAUCCAAGCGCGCAAAGGCGUCGUUAAAAUGCUUAUUGCAAGCGUUGUUGUUUAUUUCUUGAGUUAUUCACCAAAUCAAGUUCUUCUCAUAUGGAAUAUAGCGCGACCAAAGUCCUUCCACGAAAACUGGUCAUUCCACGUCUUUACAAUGAUCGUAGCCUACAUCAAUUCUGCAGCCAAUCCAGUAUUAUACAGUAUAUUCAGCCAGAACUUCCGAGAAUGUUUCCAGGAUAUGUUGUGCCGGUGUUGUCCAAAGCGCCCGGAACGAAGGUCUGUACGAACAGGAAGUACUCCAAGUACUUAUAACACAUACAGCACAACGUCACGUUAUUGGCGUCACACUUCCUUAGCGUCGGCAGUCACAGACGUUUAG